UACUCCUCACACUGCGUCUGGCUCGAGAAGAUGAUUUCCAUUCUUCUUAAUGCUCUCGUGCUGCUGUCGGCAUUGGGCCGAACUGGGGCAAGAUACCCAACAACAUCAUCGCCCUAUACAACGCCUUCAGUUCCCACCACAGACCUGCGUGGUCGAAUGUUUACAGUGUCGAACUACGGGGGAUUUAUCAUGUACACAGACGCGGUCUCUCCCUACUCCUCUCCCUCCCCCACUGCCUACCCCACUUCUUCUCCCUCCUCUCCAUACACCUCAUAUCCCUACACCACCCCCUCUCCCUCUCUCUCUGCUCUGACUGUGUGUCUGCGUUACAUGACCGAGGAGGGAAAAGACUUGACUCUCUUCAGCCUCACUCAGGGGAACUACUGGAACCUGUUACUGGAAAGGAACAGUGGGAUGGACCGCCUCUCCACCCAUUCCACCUCUCAGUACUUCCGCUCCUAUAGGCUGUUAUCGAAGUACAUCACAGACAUAGAGCACCGCCCCUGGACCAAUCUGUGUGUUACUUGGGAAGCAGAGACGGGUGUGGCCCAGGUGUGGAGGGGCGGGACUGUCAGCGUUAGGAAGAGAGUGCUUGGACAGGUAAGAGGAGAGAGUGGGGAGACAGGGGAGUCAACAUAGAGGGGGAGACGGGGAAAGGAGAGUGGGGGAGGAUAGGUGAGAGAGAGGGUGAUAUACAGUGCCUUCAAAAGGUAUUCACACCGUUGACUUUUUCCACAUUUUGUUGAGUUACAAAUUGGGAUUAAAAUGGAUGUAAUUGUCUUUUUUUUCAAUGAUGUAAACAAAAUAUGUCAAAGUGGAAGAUUUUUAAAAAUAUUUUUUGAAGAUGAAUGAAAAAUAAAACACUAAUAUAUCUUGAUUAGAUAAGUAUUCAACCCCCUGAGUCAAUACAUGUUAGAAUGACCUUUGGCAGCGAUUACAGUUGUGAGUCUUUUUGGAUAAGUCUCUAAGAGUUUUGCACACCUGGACUGUACAAUAUUUGCCCAUAUUUCUUUUUUUAAAUCUUCAAGAUCUGUCAAGUUGGUUGUCGAUCAUUGCUAGACAGCCAUUUUCAAGUCUUGCCAUAGAUUUUCAGGCUGAUUUAAGUCAAAACUGUAACUAUGCCACUCAGGAACAUUCAAUGUAGUUAUGGUCAGCAACUCCAGUGUAUAUUUGACAUUGAGUUUUAGGUUAUUAUCAUGCUAAAAGGUGAAUUCAUCUCUCAGUGUCUGUUGGAAAGCAGAUUGUACCAGGUUUCCUGCUAGGACUUUACCUGUGCUUAGCUCUAUUCCAUUUAUUUUUAUCCCCCCAAAAAACUCCCUAGUCCUUGCCGCUUCCAUCUCAAGGCCAUCAGACUGUUAAACAGCCAUCACUAACAUUGAGUGGCUGCUGCCAACAUACUGACUCAAAUCUCUAGCCACUUUAAUAAUAAAAAAUUGGAUGUAAUAACUGUAUCACUAAUCACUUUAAACAAUGCCACUUUAUAUCAUGUUUACAUACCCUAAACUACUCAUCUCAUAUGUACAGUAUAUACUGUACUCUAUACCAUCGACUGCAUCUUGCGUGUGCCGCAUAGCCAUCGCUCAUCCAUAUAUUUAUAUGUACAUAUUCUUAUUCAUCCCUUUACACUUGUGUGUAUAAGGUAGUUGUUGUGAAAUUGUUUGAUUAUUUGUUAGAUAUUAAUGCGCUGUCGCAUUUCGCAACAGUCGCAUUAACAUCUGCUAACCAUGUGUAUGUGAGCGAUACAAUUAGAUUUCAUUUGAUUUGAAAACAUUUCAGUUUAAAAUGUUUUAUUAAUUUGUGAAAAUGUCAACAACAAAAAAUCCACUUUGACAUUGUGGCAUUGUGGGGUAUUGUGUGUAGAUCAGUGGCACAAAAGUUGAAUUUAAUCAAUGUAAAAUUCAAACUGUAACACAACAAAUGAUGGAAAAAGUCAAGGGGUGUGAAUAGUUUCUGACAGCACUGUAAUUGCACCACAGCUGGCCCUGUGCCUCUUAACGUGAGUCGUGGGGCAGUAAGGAAAAACACAAGACACAUUUCAAAUCAAAUCAAAUAAAACUAACCGGGGGCACCGUAGGUAGAGUUAAAGUGACUAUGCAUAGAUUAUAAACAGAGAGUAGCAGCAGUGUAAAACAGGGGUCUGGAUAGCCCUUUGAUUAGCUGUUCAGGAGUCUUAUGGCUUGGGGGUAGAAGCUGUUUAGAAGCCUUUUGGACCUCGACUUGUCACUCCAGUACCGCUUGCCUUGCGGUAGCAGAGAGAACAGUCUAUGACUAGGGUGGCUGGAGUCUUUGACAAUUUUUAGUGCCUUCCUCUGACACCGCCUGAUAUAGAGGUCCUGGGUGGCAGGAAGCUUGGCCCUAGUGAUGUCCUUGGCCGUACGCACUACCCCGGCCGAGCAGUUGCCGUACCAGGCAGUGAUGCAACCAGUCAGGAUGCUCUCGAUGUUGCAACAUGCUGAUAGAAAUUAGGUAAAACUGAUUUGAGUUUCCCUGCAUUAACGUUCCCGGCCACUAGGAGCGCCGCCUCUGGAUGAGCGUUUUCCUGUUUGCUUAUGGCAGUAUACAACUCAUUGAGUGUGAUCUUGUACCAGCAUUGGUCUGCAGCAUUGGACUGUUGCCCAAGGGAUGAGCAAGGCCUUUGAAAUAUUUUUAUAUCCAGCCGCUUAUUUGUGCCUUUCCACAACUUUGUCCUGGAGUUCUUUUUAAAGCUUUGGUGCUCAUGGUUAAAUGUCUGCUUUGCAAUUCACUACCCAGCAGAGCGAACCAACAGGAACUGCUGAAAUUAUCCUGAAAUCAUGUGAAUCCCUACCAUUUAACACAGAUGGAGGCCAUUUAACUUGGUGUGUGAUUUUGAAGGUAAUUUGGUACACCUGAGCUAAUUUAGGAUUGCUACUACAAGGGGUGUGGACACUUAUCCAACCAAGCUAUUUCCAUUUUUAUUUUUUAUUGAUUAAAACAAAUCCACAGUAUUUUUAUCCCUUUGUAGUUGUGGGGUAGGACGUGUAGAUCAAUAAUAAGGAUCUACACAUAAUAAGGCGACAAAAAUAACAUUUUGAAAGGGAAUGUAGACUUUCUAUAGGCACUGUAUGUCCUAGCGAUGCUCCUUGGAUGAUAGUUGUGUAUCGCUAAAUUACUACAUUCUGAUUCCAAUAGAUUAACCAUGUCUGUUCUGAUGGUCUCCAAAUGAAGUCCUUCACUGGCUGAUGAUGUAAAAUAUGUUUUAAGGUAUUAAAUGAUUAAUACAUGAUUUAAA